ACUCGACUCGGACUUCGAAAAAGACCACCUCUUCACGCCCUCUUUCAUGCUAUCGUGCGCCUUCCCUCCCUAUCCCUGAGCCUCCUAUACCCCUCUGCCAUUCGCCGUGCGCUUUGCGACUCAACUGUGAUAUAAUCCAACCGUUGGAUUAAACCUUGCGGGAGCGAUGGGCGGAGACGGAGCGCAGUCGCAGCAUAUUCCGGCCGCCGCGGCUGAGACGGCGGAGGAACAGUACAUCAAGGCCAAGACCUCGGUGUGGUGGGAUAUAGAGAACUGUCACGUGCCGAAGGUGUGCGAUCCCCACGCCAUAGCGCAGAAUAUAAGCUCCGCGCUCGUUAAAAUGAACUACUGUGGGCCCGUCUCCGUCUCCGCUUACGGCGAUACCACCAGAAUCUCCCCCGCUGUCCAGCAGGCGCUCAACAGCACCGGUGUAGCCCUCAAUCACGUCCCCGCCGGUGCUAAAGAUGCUAGUGACAAGAAGAUUCUGGUGGAUAUGUUAUUUUGGGCUGUCGACAAUCCUGCACCUGCCAAUUAUUUAUUGAUUUCCGGAGACAGAGAUUUCUCGAAUGCUUUGCAUCAACUGCGGAUGCGCCGGUAUAAUAUUCUUCUUGCUCAACCACAAAAAGCUUCUGCGCCACUUCUUGCUGCUGCAAAGAGUGUAUGGCUCUGGACUAGUCUAGUAGCUGGAGGGCCACCACUUACAACAGUUGAAACUGCUCAAUUUGUAAGUAACAGCUAUGGGCAUAUACCCACCUCUGACUCAUUACGUACAGAUACCAUUAUGGGUAACAAACCAGUGGAAUCGUUUUAUGAAAGUUCUCAGUUGGGAAACCAAAAAUAUUCAAAUAUGGGAAGAGGAACAGAUGUAAAAUAUAAAGGCAAACAACCUCGCAGAAACUUCACUCAACCUUCUAUGCCAAGAACCUCUAGUAGCAUGAUUGGGUCUGAAGAAGAUUCUAACAGUGGAAACUUUCAUCCAGGAUAUGUACACCCUAAGCAGUUCAAUGAACACCAGGACUUAUCUACUGCAUAUAACCCAAAAGUUGCUAGCGGUGGAAUAGGGAACUCGUAUUAUCCUGGUAAUCCUGAUUUCCCACGAGCAGACAAUUCCCACCCUCAUGUCUCUCAUCAAAUUCACUACCCUCAGCCAUUAAGACCAAACGGCCUCCCCACUGAAACUUCAACACUGCCUGUUAGCUCGUCUCUAACUAACCCGCAUUGGCAUCCUUCUAAUGCAUUAAAUCGCAGACCUGAUUCACCUAACUUGACCACAGCUCCUUCAACCCACGUUCCUGAUAUUUUCAAUUUAAACAUUUCUGAGCACACAAGAAAUGAUCAAAGGGCACCUGCUUCGCAACAACGUAAUGGAGGAGAGAGAAGACCAAUGUCUAGUGAAUCGCCAAACAGAGUAAACUUGAAUGCUCAGCAAAAAGGAUUUAAUGCUCAGAAGAGAUCUUUUUAUCAAGACGGUCAAAACAACAGGUAUCCACAUGGUAAUCAAGAUACAUUAGCACAGUUAUCAUCUGGAACAGGAACUGCUGCCAUCCCUGUAAAUGGUUCGUGGGGAACAUCAGGAUGCCCUAAACCUUCUGAAUAUAUACAAGGUCUUAUUGGGAUUAUCCUACUGGCUUUAAACACCCUAAGAAUUGAGAAGAUUAUGCCAACAGAGGAAAAUAUUGCAGAUUGCAUCAGAUAUGGAGACAUCCGACAUCGCAAUACUGAUGUUAAGAAAGCUUUGGCGUGUGCACUUGACCAGCAAUUGGUUGUACUGCAACAAAUAGGUUCCCUACAGUUGUAUAUUGGGAAAAAUGAGAGACUAUGGCAAUGUCUGAACCCUAUGGGUGGUGAUGCAAACAAGUAUUCAAAAUCAAUAUGGGAUGAAAUCCAAAAAUAUCUUUCAUCCUCUUCUGGAAGAUCUGCUAUACUGGAAACAAACUGCAGGUAUGAGGCAGCAACUGUUAUGAAAAAGAUGUGCUUAAAAGAACUUCCAUUGGGUGAAAUUCUCCAGAUCGUGCAAAUGGUAAUUAACAUGAAAAAGUGGAUUAUAUAUAAUUAUCAGUCAGGAUGGAAACCAAUUAAGGUUGCAGUUCCAGAGUUCAGCCCUGAUUCAGGGCUGGCAGCUGCUACAUAAGCUCAAAGUAUUUGCAGUUGGAGGAGAAGGUAUGAAUAUUUGUAUUUGAUAAUGGCCUCAUGGUGAUGUGAAAUGGUUUGAAUUGAAAAGAAAUUAUAUUUAGCCUUCUCCCCUAGGUAUUGGCUGCUGAAUAUGUAGCCUGGAGAUACAAUAGCAGUAUUUAGGUUCUUGUUUUAGUUUUGCUUUAAGAAGACUUCGAAGGUCUAGCUUGAAAGUUGUGGUUAGAUAAUGUUUGAGACAUCAGAGAGCUGGUAGUUGCUCUCUUUAUAUGAUUGUUUACCUUUGGCUUAUAACAUGGCCUAUUUGGAGAGACGCUUCUAUGAUGAUCAGAGGUAUUGUAUGCGAUUGAUAAUGGAAAUCUGUGGCCAUGGAAGGUUUUGAGAUUCAACUACUUUUUGAACAUGUUGGGGGGCUAAUAUUCUCAAAAUUAACAUCAGAGUUUCGAAUAAGGCUUUCUGUGAUCAAUUCUUGCCGUGGUAUGAUUGGGACUCACAUACUUGCAUAUGGUUGUUGAUUACUACUGUUGAAGAAAACAACAUACUUGCAUAUGGUUGUUGAUUACUACUGUUGAAGAAAACACUGUGGCUGAAGUAUUGCAAAGUAUCAGAGGGAAUAAGGAUAUUGUUGGUUUAUGUGGAAUUCGGGUGGAUGUAGUUUUAUGAUGCAGCUCUAAGAUUGAGAUUAUGAAAACAUGGAAAUGAGUCACUGGAAAAUCACCCUUAAUUGGAGAGCUUAGCAUGGUAAUGUUCUGUCAAAGCCACUUGAAAAUUUGCUAGCUUAAGGAUGGUCUGUCAAAGCAAUUUCUUGGUGAUUAUCGUAAUUUCUCAAAGCUUUGGUUUAGCGGAAUUUAUUGCAUUCUCUGAUUUGUUCUGCAUAGCGAGUUUGCUACACCAGCGGGAUUUCAGACGGUAGGCUUGGAAAUAUGAAACAAAAUGAAGGAUUGAUGAUGACGAUAUCUCUGUUCUAAGCAUAUAAAUGCAAACAGUAUAUCUUAGCUGAAACUUUUUCUCUCUUUACUCUGUUCUAGGUUGUGAAGCUCUCUGCUUCCACUGUUGAAAUUAUAUGUAAAUUAAGUGUUCCAGCGCUUUUGAUGACGAGAAAUAGUAGUACUGUACUUUCUUGAUAAUUGUUGUUAAAUGCGCUUAUAAUAACAGUAUGUUUUAUUAUGCUAAGAUUGUUUGUGAA